AUCUCGGGAAUUGUAGUGUGUUUCUGCAAGCCAAUGGGAUCCGGGGAAACAUGAUAAGGAUGCGGUCGAGGCUGGGAAUGAGCUGGAGAGGGUGGGACCACGCAGGAGGCAGAUCCAAUAAACAGGAAGAUUUUUCUCGUGACGCCGUCGGCGCGCGCCGGAAGCGCGGAUCACACGGGCCCCUACACGGCUGGCCACAAGGAUGGCAGGUUUUGCAGAGCUCGGGCUGUCAUCGUGGCUCGUGGAACAAUGUCGGCAGCUGGGUUUGAAGCAGCCCACGCCCGUGCAGCUCGGCUGCAUCCCCGCCAUCCUGGAGGGUCGAGACUGCUUGGGCUGUGCCAAGACAGGCAGUGGGAAGACAGCAGCGUUUGUCCUUCCCAUCUUGCAGAAGCUGUCUGAGGAUCCCUAUGGCAUCUUCUGCCUUGUCCUGACACCCACCAGGGAGCUGGCCUACCAGAUCGCAGAGCAGUUCCGGGUCCUGGGGAAGCCUCUAGGGCUGAAAGACUGCAUCAUCGUCGGUGGCAUGGACAUGGUGGCCCAGGCUCUGGAGCUCUCUCGGAAACCGCAUGUGGUCAUCGCCACGCCGGGGCGCCUGGCAGAUCACCUGCGCAGCUCCAACACUUUCAGUAUAAAGAAGAUCCGCUUCCUGGUGAUGGAUGAGGCAGACCGGCUGCUGGAACAGGGCUGCACUGACUUCACCGUGGACCUGGAGGCCAUCCUGGCGGCCGUGCCGGCCCGCAGACAGACGCUGCUGUUCAGCGCCACGCUGACCGACACACUCCGGGAGCUGCAGGGCCUAGCCACCAACCAGCCCUUCUUCUGGGAGGCACAGGCCCCGGUGAGCACCGUGGAGCAGCUGGACCAGCGCUACCUGCUGGUGCCUGAGAAGGUCAAGGAUGCCUACCUGGUCCACCUGAUCCAGCACUUCCAGGAUGAGCACGAGGACUGGUCCAUUAUCAUCUUCACCAACACAUGCAAGACCUGCCAGAUUCUGUGCAUGAUGCUGCGCAAAUUCAGCUUCCCCACUGUGGCUCUGCACUCCAUGAUGAAGCAGAAAGAACGCUUUGCCGCCCUAGCCAAGUUCAAGUCCAGCAUCUACCGGAUCCUGAUCGCAACAGACGUGGCCUCCCGGGGCCUGGACAUCCCUACGGUACAGGUGGUCAUCAACCACAACACCCCCGGGCUCCCUAAGAUCUACAUCCACCGAGUCGGCCGGACGGCCCGUGCAGGGCGGCAGGGUCAGGCCAUCACGCUGGUGACACAGUACGACAUCCACCUGGUGCACGCCAUUGAGGAGCAGAUCAAGAAGAAGCUAGAAGAGUUCUCCGUGGAAGAGGCCAAGGUGCUACAGAUCCUCACACAGGUCAACGUGGUGCGAAGGGAGUGUGAGAUCAAACUGGAAGCGGCCCACUUUGAUGAAAAGAAGGAGAUCAACAAACGGAAGCAGCUGAUCCUGGAGGGGAAGGACCCUGACCUGGAGGCCAAGCGCAAGGCCGAGCUGGCCAAGAUCAAGCAGAAGAACCGGCGCUUCAAGGAGAAGGUGGAGGAGACGCUGAAGCGACAGAAGGCUGGCAAGGCUGGCCACAAGGGGCGUCCACCCAGGACCCCACCUGGGUCCCACUCAGGCCCAGUCCCCUCCCAGGGCCCGGCCUGAGCCCCACAUGGCCAUCUGCCGAGUCCUGGACUCUUCCAUGGAGCUGAGGGUUGGAGGAAACUUCCUUGGGGGCAGCAGCCCUUCCCGGGGGCCUACCCAGUGCCCCGCAGCGGAACCCAUGGGCGCUCAUGUUGUGCGGGCCCCGCUCCUCUGCCCUGAAACCACUGGCUGGCCCCUUCCCUGAGCCUUGGCCAAGAUUCAGGCUGCAGGGGAAGAAAGAACAUGACCGGGAGGUUGUGACCCCAACCCAAGGUCACCCCCCAGGGGUGCCGCAUACAGGAGGUGCUCAAUAAAUGGGUCUUUUGACUUCCUCA